AUGCACGAGCUGCACGAUGGACGGCCCGAGCUGCACACGGCCACCAACAGCUCCGGGUAUCGGAACAAAGCAUCCUUCUCCCUGGGAAAGCAGUUUGCUGGCGAACAGGACGAGCUCGCGCAGGAUGAUUCAUUUUUUGUGGAGGCGGCCCUCAAGCUGACCCGAAGCGGUGGCCUCGGCGUCAAGCUGGUUCUCCGUGGCGAGGAAUCCGUGGCCGCAUGGCGGAUGGAUGGACGCGGUGCCCGUUUUGCAGAAGACCUGCGGGUGGCCCCCGCGGGUUCGGAUGAGAAGCCACCAAAGAGCCCUUGGCAUCCUCGAUAUCCGAUGUUUGAGGCGCUUCAUGGCGAUCCUUUCGUCCUGGAAGAUGCGCCUGUGGGAAUCCCCGGCAGUUUCCUGCCGUACAGGCUCUCUCCGGAUUCAUUCUCGGAGGUGAACAGCAAGGCUGAAGAGGCGAUGAUUGAGGUUCUGUGUGGCUGGGUGGACGACCUCGUGCAAGCUGGGCAAGCCAAGACGCUUUGCAUGUUCGGGCGGAACAGUGGCUUCAUCGGCUUGGCGCUCCAACGCCGUUUUGGCUUCCCACGCGUCUACGCGCAUACGCACUGCCCAGUAACACUGGCUGAUGCUGAAGCCAGCGUUGCCACGAACUCGGCCUCCGGCUGGAUUCUGGGCCGCUGCGAGAAGUACGACUUUGGCGGCGUGCUGGCCAAGAUCCCAGAAGGAGAAGGCAUGAGGUCUUGCAAGCAGUUGCUAAGCUGGUGCAGCUCCUUGUAG